CCUAUGAAGCAAGUCUGUUUGUAUUUUAGGUUUGGCAGGACUAAUGAAUUAAAAAUCUUGGACUCUUGUCCGUUUGCUGCUUUAAUAAUGCCUCUGAUGGAUGGGUUUUUUGCCCCACGAAGCAUGACAAUACCAUAAUCCCUCAUUGUUGGAAGGGACGGGACGGGAUGGGGAUGGUGGAAUUGUGAAGGAAAACGGAAAAGGGUGGUCCCGAGGGACUGAAAAGCCUAUGGGAAGUGCAGGUAGCAGCAUGUUGCCCCGACAGCUGUUCCAACUUCUCAGACCUUGUCAGCUUGCUGCUAUGUAGCAGGUGCAGCCUUUUCUUUUAUUGAAUCUGUACUCCAUAAAGGCAAGAACAAGCCAAGGCAGUGGCUGGCCCUGGAUUAUACAAGUGCAGACACUACUAAGUGAGUUUCCUGGAGCUUGCAGACUGCAUUCGUGUACCAUCCUGAAAUGAAUGACAACACCCCUCGCCAAAGUAUGUUUUAAUGCAUUCACAGCCAGAAUCGAGUUUCACAGGAGAGGCUUGUUAGAGAAAUGCUGAGAGAACAAGCUGGAAGACACAAGUAAACGCAUAGGCCCAGGUGACCACAUGAUCACCACAGCAAGGAUAGCUGCUGAUAAAGCGAUACGAAUUGCCUUCAGUCUAAAUGACUCUCCAGAUGAUACACCCCCUGAGAAUGCCUUUCCUUUGGCUUUUCCUGAUUUAGAACAGCAGCUUCAGCCCCUGCCCCCUUGCCAUGACUCAGAGGAAUCUAUGCAGGUGUUCAAACAGCAUUGCCAAAUAGCAGAAGAAUACUAUGAAGUCAAAAAGGAAAUUGCACUGCUUGAAGAAAGGAAAAGGGAGCUGAUCAUUAGGCUAGAUCAAGCUGAGAAGGAAAGCAUGGUUGCUGCUCGGCUAACAAAGGAAUAUUCAGACCUGACAGAAGAGAACCGGACAUUGAGCUUAGCCCAGACACAAUGUGUUGAACAGCUGGAGAAACUUAGAAUACAAUAUCAAAAAAGACAGGGAUCAUCAUAACUUUGGAUGAAGCUAUCUGGGCCAAGAUCAAUCUAGAGUCUUUUUUAUGUUGGGCAAAUUUCCUCCUUUCCUCAAAGGUUCCCUGUAAAAGGCUGGGACACUUUAGACAUAGAACAUGUACACAUCUAAAUUUGAUUUAAUGCCUGCCAGUCCCUAGCUUAAUAUGGUUAUUGUAUGGUUAUAUAAUGGAUAUUUCAUUUUGGGUCGCAUAAUUGGAGGCUCAUCUAUCCCCUUUGAACAUAGAAAUGAAUCUGAUUUCUUUUCUAAAAAAUAUUCCCAAUAGUUUGAAAAUGAUCCAAGCACACUCAAAAGCAAUAUGAAUAGUGUUGUGAUGCAUAGGGCAGUAUUAAGUCAUCCAGUGGGAGCAACAUUAUUGCAAGAAACAUUGGAGUACCCUUCCUUUCCCACAUUUGGCUACAGAUUUUUUUUUACUUCACCUAUCUGGCAUUGUAUGCCAAAGGACCAUUGUCCACUAAAUAACAGUGGAAUACCAGUAACAGGGCACCUGAAUCACUUUCUUUAAAUAGCCAUUGUAUACACAUUUUAGAGUGUGUACACCUGGUUGUGUCUGUAGAAGACUGCACCAUGAAUUGGUAAUUCUUUUAUAUAACUAUAAUGUGUUAAAAAAAAGUGAGUGACCUUUCCUUGUUCUUAAAUUUCCCCUUGAAAAAAAGUCCCAUUGAUGUUGAAUUACUCUGGAAAUUAGUUUGUUUAAAAUUAUGGACUGGCAUUGCAAUCUUUUCAAGGUGGGGUUGGUAGAGUUCUGUUUUUAUUAUAACAUCAUGAUUUCCUUCCUAAAGGAAGGAACCAUAACCUUAAUAUGGUAAUAGAAGCAAAUUAGAUUGAAAUCCCGGCCUUUCCUGUACAGGGCAUCUUUAUGUUGACUAGCCAAGUUCAUAGAUUCUUAACUGUGAAUUCAUGCAGCGUGAACACUGAAACCACACACAGAAGCCAGCCCAGUCCGAUUUUUCACAUGGGACCUUGGCUGUAACUUUUUAAGGAUUCAUACAUUCAUUCACUUACUUUAUACUCCACCUUUCUUCCAUUCUGGGAACCCAAGGCCUCUUAUAAUAAUUUAAAAUCUUAUAUUACAAAAGCUAAACAAACAAUUAAACAACAGCGCUGUUUAAAGCAGAUAUUUUAAAACAGUUUAAUUUUUUAAAAAAAUAUUUAAUGAAAAAACAUACAAGAUCACCCCCACAGCACACCACUUCCAACCACUGUUCUACCAUAUGAUUGAACAUAAAGGUCUGCUUAAAAAUAGCACUCAGCCUGCUAGAUAUGUAGUUGUGCUUGGAACCGAUUUUUUCUGAACCACAUUUUUACAGCUAUAAAACUCAGACACACUGAUUCCUCUAGUCUCUCCACUGCAGCACCGCUUCUAGCCUUUCUGAAUCCUUGGCUGGAAAAAUGCUGCAGGUAGCUGGGGUGGUUCUGGUGCUUUCUUCUCAACUUAUCCAAGGGUCACACCAAAAGUUUGGCCCCAAAACCUGCCCUUGACUUAUAAACGAGGUCAACUUAUAUGUGAGUAUAUUCGGUAGCACUCCCCAACCCCAAACAAGAAUUCUGCAUACACUUAAUUAAAUUAAUGAAUGAAUUCUGCUAAUUUUCAGUGAGCUUAUUCCUAAGAGAAGAGGCUAGGAUCAAAACUGUUAAAAUUUGGAUGUGGAAUUCCUAAUAUGGAUACUAUCAUGGCCAAUGCUUUGGAGUGCAUGGUUUCCAGUCCCAAACAAAUCUCUUGAAAGUAAAGCCUCAUCUACACUGCUAUAUAAUGCAGCUUCAGAAUGCAGUUGCACUGAAUUGAAGUGAAUAAUAUGGCAGUGUAGACUCGUGUAAUCCACUUCAAUGCAAUUAAAAUGCAUUCGGAAAUUGUAUAUAGCAGUGAAGAUGGGGCCUAAGUAGCUUUCCUUUGGGGUAAUGUGUUUAGGUCUAUGGUAUCAGAAUAUAAUUAGCCUACCUAUAUCCUUGUUUUGAAUUUUCCUUGGAGAAAAAAGCCCUAAAACAAAAAUUGCUGUACUUCUUCUUUCGUCUACUAGUGAUAACUGUGUUUUCCUAAAUCAGCUGAAAACUCUUUGUUAUACUUCCAUUUCUAUUCACACAGUAUUUUUUUUCAUUAAAAGACAAUUGAAAAAGUUA